AUGGAAAAAAAUACAAAAUUUCCGCAAUCCUCUGCAAAGGGGGUUCCUGCUGAUUCUAAAAAAACUCAAGAUGUUACAAACAAAUCUUUUCCAAGAAACUCACGUCGACGUGAACCAGCAGGUGCUAACAGUUUCUCAAAAUUUGAACAAUCAAAGAAGUGCAAUGUACAGAAAACAAAAAAUUUUGAUAAGAGACCAAAACCUAAAGGACAAUAUCAUGGCAGUUCAAAGGAGGAUACCAAGGUAGUGCAAACAGAAUUAGCUGAGCCUGGCUCAGUAGUGGUCCAAGGAAGUAAAAAGCAGAAUUUGAAUCAUCUGCUGAAUUUUCAUUAUGAACCACGUGAAAUGCAAAGUGGUUCAGGUGCAUGGAAUCAUGGAAAAUCAAUGAAGGGUUUUUCUAGAAACAGUAAUAGAUGGCUUCCACCAGUACAGCGGCAUAAAUACAACAAAGAACAAUUUUUACAAGCCAGCUGCCAAUUUGUUGUAAGUGCCAAUGGGAAUUACUCAUUAUAUCUAAGUGAUCCUGAUAUACUAGUUGAUUGGAGAUGGGUAGAACAAAUUAAACUUCAUAGUUCUGAAAGCUUGUCAUGCCCAAUAUGUUUAUGUUCACCUGUUGCUGGAAAAAUGACACGUUGUGGUCAUGUUUAUUGUUGGCCUUGUAUCCUUCAUUAUUUAUCACUUUCUGAUAAAUCUUGGCGUAAAUGUCCUAUUUGUUAUGAAUCUAUCCAAAAAUCUGAUUUAAAAAGUGUUAAUGAAGUCACUCAAAGUACAUUAAAUUUAGGAGAUACUAUUACUUUACGUUUGAUGCGUCGUGAAAAAGGAUCUCUGCUUGCAGUGCCUGUUGGAUCUAUAAUCCAAAAUCCAACAAAUUUUUUCCCUGUUUCAGAUAUUAUUAGCAAUCAAGUGUAUUCAAAACUUCUUAUUGCAAAUACAAAAGAUGUGAAGAAUAUCAUUGAAUCAGAGCGUAUUCAAUUGCAAUUAGAACUAUCUGAUAAUCCUGAUUCUCCAGAAAAUUGUUAUAUCGAACAGGCACUUGAAGAACUUUCAAAAAGAGAGGAAGAAUUGUUACAAAAAGUAAAAUCAGAAACCAUUUUCACAAAUGAAAUACAAACUGGAAAUAUUAAUAUUGAGAAUAGUUUAUCUCAAGAUAAUGAAGAAACAAAUAUAGUAAAAAGAGAUGUGAAAAACAUAGAUGAAGAAAUAUUAAAAUCUACGGAAAAUUCACUUAUCAGCGCUCAAUCAACCUCGGGCAUAACAAAAUUCUUUUAUUUCUAUCAAGCGGAAGAUGGACAACAUUUAUAUCUUCACGCAAUGAAUGUCAAGAUGUUAGAAAUGCAAUAUGGUAAUCUUGAAAAUUCUCCACAUAUUAUAACGGGAAAACUCUUAGAAAAAGAAGGAGGAAGUCUUACAGAAGAUCUAAGGCGUAGAUUAAGAUAUUUAUGUCAUCUGCCAUUGACUUGCCAAUUCGAGGUAGCCGAAAUUGAAUUAAAACCGCCUAUUGUAUCAGAAGAAGUUUUGUUUUCAUUUCGAGAUCAAUUAGCAUUAAGACACAAACGUAGACAACAACGAGAACGUGAAGAGAGAAAAAGAGAAAAAAAGAUUACUGAAGAAGAAAAUAAACGUAUGGGAAGAUAUCCAACACCUAUUGUACACAUUGAUUCACAGCGACAUUUUCCUCAAUGGCAACCAGAAUUAUUAUUUUCCGAAGAAAAUGUUCCGUCACCACCAGAAUCAACGACGACUUCAAGUGUAGCUAGUAGUCCAUCUUUAAGCACUUUUGAUGAAAUUGUUACAUCCAAACAAACUGACAUCCCUCAGGAAUCGGGACCAUCAUUCGCGGAAAUGUUACGAAAUACCGGCACUCGUUUAAAAUCACAAACAAUAUGGCCAUCAAUUAACUCCAAUCAUGGGAAACCAUAUUCUAGUAUGACUAUUCAAUCAUCCUCGAAAAACACCGAAGAAGAGGAUUAUGUCUCAGUACCAUCACACAGUCAAAGUUUUGGCGAUGCCUUAGCAGCCGCUUUAGAACAAACAAAAUUAGAAACAAAAAAAAAUGGAGGUCGAAAGAAAAAGAAGAAAGGAAAAUGAACUAUAUUGUUUGCAACUACUAUGGCACAUCAAUCUUAAUUUUUUUCAUACUAAUUCUCGCACUCUAUGUUAUUUUUUAAUUUUGCAAUUGAGUUAUUUUACUAUCAUGUGUUAUAUUUCAGAUUAAUUUGGAUAUACAUUAGAAAAUUUGUAAAGUUCUAGUACAAAUCAUAACAUGUAAUGAUAUAUUAUCUAUUAUUGAUUUUUAUCAGUGUAUUAUCAAAUUAAAAAUGUUUUCUGUAGCAACAUACAAAUUUGAGUCUGUUAUGCAAAUAAAAUUUAAUUUCAUGAAAAUUAAAAUAAA